AGAGUGUGUGUGUUGUGUUGACAUUCGACAUUCAGCUGCUAGAGCUGUAACUGGAGUGCUGCGGCAUACUAACUGCGCUGCGGAGGACAGUGUGUUGCCAAAGCCCUACGAUUUGUGAUUUCGGAGUGAUCGGAUUUACUGGAUUUGGGUAAAGGAAAAUGUUUCACCUACGUCAGAUAGGGGUCUUGCGGCAGCACAUCAACUGUGUAAAGGCAUGUUCUCCAGCUGCUUCUAGACUUGCCAGCACUCAAAAACCCAUUGAUGAGGAAUGGUAUAAAGGAGCUGCAAAAGAGCUCAAGGGAAAAGAUGUGGAAGAGACCCUCAUGUGGAAAACUGCUGAGGGAAUCAACAUCAAACCAAUGUACAGCAAAGCUGAUGCUGAAAAUGUUGCCCCAGAGAUCCCUGGAAAAUUCCCUUACACCCGAGGCCCAUACUCCACAAUGUAUACGCACAGACCGUGGACAAUCAGACAGUAUGCAGGUUUCAGUACUGUGGAGGAGAGCAACAAGUUCUACAAGGACAACAUCAAGGCUGGUCAGCAAGGCCUGAGUGUUGCCUUUGACCUCCCAACUCACAGAGGUUAUGAUUCUGACAACCCUCGGGUGACUGGUGAUGUUGGUAUGGCAGGUGUGGCUAUCGACUCUGUUGAGGACACCAAGCUGUUGUUUGAUGACAUCCCACUAAACAAAAUCUCCACUUCUAUGACUAUGAACGGAGCCGUCCUCCCAGUCAUGUCUAUGUAUGUUGUUGCUGCUGAGGAACAGGGCUCAAAACAGGCAGAGCUCGCUGGGACUAUACAAAAUGACAUUUUGAAGGAGUUCAUGGUCAGGAACACAUACAUUUACCCUCCUGAUCCCUCCAUGAAAAUCAUUGGCGAUAUCUUUGAAUACACAUCAAAGCACAUGCCCAAAUUCAAUUCAAUCUCAAUAUCUGGAUAUCAUCUUCAAGAAGCAGGAGCAGAUGCCAUUUUGGAAUUGGCAUUCACCCUUGCAGAUGGGUUGGAGUAUGUGAGACAAGGUGUUAAUAGGGGAUUGAAUGUGGACAAAUUUGCGCCCAGACUGUCAUUUUUCUGGGGAAUUGGAAUGAACUUCUACAUGGAAAUAGCAAAAAUGAGGGCAGGUAGAAGGCUGUGGGCCACCCUCAUUCAAGAGAAAUUCCAGCCCAAAGUGGCCAAGUCUUUGCUUUUGAGAGCCCAUUGUCAGACGUCUGGCUGGUCGCUCACAGAGCAGGACCCAUACAAUAAUAUUGUGAGAACAGCGAUUGAAGCAAUGGCUGCAGUGUUUGGUGGUACCCAGUCUUUGCACACAAAUUCUUUUGAUGAAGCCCUCGGUUUGCCAACAGUGUUCAGUGCACGUGUUGCCAGGAACACGCAAAUCAUCUUACAAGAGGAGUCUGGUAUCCCAAAGGUUGCAGACCCCUGGGGGGGGUCCUACAUGAUGGAGAAUCUGACCUCUCAGAUCUACGAUGCUGCUCUAGAAUUGAUCACAGAGAUUGAGGAUAUGGGAGGCAUGGCUAAAGCAGUGGCAUCGGGCAUGCCUAAACUCAGAAUAGAAGAGUGUGCAGCCAGAAGACAAGCUCGCAUUGACACAGGAUCAGAGGUUAUUGUUGGAGUGAACAAGUACCGACUGCCAGAGCAGGAGACAGUAGAUGUUCUCAGCAUUGACAACACCAUAGUGAGAGAGAAGCAGUGUGCCCGCCUGGCCCAGGUGAAGGCUACAAGGGACAGCGCCAAGGUAAAGCAGAGUCUGGAUGCCAUCACUGCGUGUGCUCAGAGCGGCGAUGGAAAUCUAUUGGCCCUCAGCAUAGAGGCUGCCCGCCAUAGAGCCACGGUUGGUGAAAUCUCUGAUGCCAUGGAGGAGGCAUUUGGCCGCCAUGUUGCCAGUGACAGGAUGGUGAGUGGAGCCUACAAGACGGAGUUCGGGGAAGUGGAUGAGCUACAGGUUGUUAUGGAGAGAGUCCAGAAAUUCGUGGAGGCUGAAGGCCGGAGACCUCGUAUCCUUGUUGCUAAAGUGGGUCAGGACGGGCAUGACCGAGGAGGCAAAGUGAUUGCUACAGGUUUCGCUGACAUGGGAUUUGAUGUGGAUGUGGGACCAUUGUUUGCUACCCCAAGAGAAGCUGCCCAGCAAGCCAUUGAUGCUGAUGUUCACAUUGUUGGGGUUAGUUCUCUCGCUGCAGGACACAAGACUUUGAUCCCAGAAAUUAUUAAAGAGCUGAAGAACAUGGGACGGCCGGAUAUUGUUGUUGUUGCUGGUGGUGUGAUUCCUCCCCAAGACUACGAAGACCUCUUCAAGUCUGGUUGUGCUGCCGUCUUUGGCCCUGGUACUCGUAUUCCUGAUGCAGCUGUGCAGGUGUUGAAGCUGGUGGAGGGUGAGCUGAGUAACAACAACAAGAAAGAAUCUGCUCAGUAAAAGACUUGGAGGAAGGGCUGUGCUGCUGUUUGUGCCUUCAGCUGUCAGGGAUGAGAAAGUUAUGAGUUUGUGUGCUUUGAGAAUUUCACAUUGAUGUACAGUGUUCAUGAUAUUUCUUUUGGCAAGUUAGUUUUUGGAAUGUGCUCCUUUCUGAGGCAUCAAAGACAUGUGCCAUUUUUAAUGAACAGAUGUCCUUCAUGACCAUUACGGCAACACAAGAGGUGAGGAUGACGAUCAUCCUUCAAUGUACCUUCAUUGUCUCUCUCUUGCCUCUAGAAUAUUUUUGUGAAGUUAUUUGAGUUUCUUCCAACUGUGUAAAAAAUGGCAGCUUUCAGACAUAAAAUGAAAGGUCUUUCUUCUGAGCUGAUAAGUGUGGCUUGCUUGUGCUGUACAACUACCUCGAAAAUAAAUAUAAUUGAUCAUAAUGAUUGUUUUGGUAGUGAUGCCACAUGACUGUGUUACCAAUGUUUCAUCUGUAGCAAAUCGGCUAAGCCAUCGAGGGUAAAUACUAAGUUUUCUUUUCACUAUAAUACCUCUCAUUUUUUUGCAGUCAUGAUUCACUGAAAAUUUGGUUAAUUCUUGGAAAAAUUAAACUAAAUUGUGAAUUCAGCUGUUGUGAAAUUUGUUCUUCUGUAUUGAAUAAUUAUUUCAAUGAUUAUUCAAGAACACCCUUGAAAUGUAGAUUUCUAGGAGAAUCACUGUAAAAAAUCAGAGGAUGGAUGCGAGUGAAAAACAACUGAGUAUCCUGGUUUUUGUUUUUUUUUCUCCAAAUUUUAUUGUUUUAAUUGUUUUUUCUCAUUAGCAACUACUCCUAUUUUUAGAUCUUAAUUUUUUUGCUGUAUUUCAUACUUUUUAAAAACUGACAUUUUGUUGUUUGUCUAGUCAAGAACCAGACCAGCUCAUUUCCUUAUCUCACAUUUAUACAGAGAAGCUGUUAACUUUAUAGAGGUAUUAUAAUACUGGGAUUCCUCCUUUUGACUAAGGAUUUAUGAUAUGUUUGAAGCGUAUAUGUACAAUAGAUACAUGGUAUGUUGAGAGAGAGAAAGUGAGAGUGCAUGAAGUGACUUGUUCUGUUUUUAUUGUUGAGUAUAAACAAAGGAGUCUGCUGUAGCCAAAAUCAGUGGGACUGCUUCAUUUUCUCCGGUUUAGCCAGGUUUUUGAUUUAGGGAGGUUGCUCAAAUAGAAAUUUAAAAAAAUCGGGAAUUAUCUUUUCUCUUGGUUUACUACUGUUUUUGGAUUGUGUUUGGUUUAAGCGGACUCUACCGUAGUUUGAAUGUUCCCGAAGAUUGAUGAACUUUAAUUGUAUUAUUUUGGAUAGACAGUUAAAUGUUUUCAAAUAAUAUACUUUUGAGUGUUUCAAUGCACAUUUUGUUGGGGUUGUAGCACACAGGACUGGUAGAGGGUGUAAAUGCCUUACAUUUAAUGUUAAGAAUUCUUCCAUGGCAAGGAACAUUAUACAUGUGAUAUGAUCCAAUUGUUAUUUUGCCUUCCUUUUAGACUGAUCGUUCUGUGGGUCAGUUCUCACAAAGACUUCUGUUUUGUUCUCACGAAGAACCUUUGACAUUUGACCAUAUUUGGAUUUUGUUUUGUUGUGACAAUAUUCUGUGUGAGAGUGAUAGUACUGAUAUAAGUAUGACACAACAUUGACCAUUGUUUCAAACAUUGAAUUGUUACUGGUAGUGUAACACAGGUUCUCCUUUUUGAUGGUUAUUGAAUUGUUACUUGUAAUUACCCUUUGAAAACAAUUAAAGAAAGAUGUACUGCACAA